AAACUGUUGACUGUAAUACUACACCGUUGAUUAAUGAUUGCUAAGUCCUCAUUGCAACGGGAUAAUACAGCAGAUUGUUCGUGAGUAAUAUACCGUUUAGCUGCGCUGAAAAAAUGCCAGUGGAUGUGGUCCAAACUGUGCACUGUAAUAAUACGUCGUUGUCUCAUAGUAAAGAAGUCGUCAUCGCAACGGAAUGAAACAAACUGUUCGUUACUUGCUACCAUUUACUUUUCAUCAUGGCGUCUAAGUUCCCAGGAGAGAGAGAUGAAAUGGUCAAGCUACACACUAGAAAAGGUCAUGACAUGACAUGGUCAUGUGACAUACACGGUGAGCCAAUCAAAUUUUACUGCAAAGAACACAAAAUCCCCGUUUGUCAUCCAUGUGCUACCAAAGAGCACUGUCAGAAACCAUGUGAGCUAGACGACAUCGAGGGAGUCAUCUUGGAGAGGAGGAGACAACUGGAUGACAAGCAGCAAGAGAUAGAGGAAAUCAAGAAACAACUGAAAGCGCUUGACUCUAAACUAGAUUCCACUGUAACGUCUGCAAGAAACCAUUUUCAGUCAGUGAACGAUGAACUUAAGAUGGCGUUCGAAGACAAAUUAAAUACUGUGCAAGAGGAGGAAAACCGAUCGAUUCGUUCUAUCGAGCAGGAGGCGGAUGAAGAAAUACAAAUCAUUAACGAAAAGAGGGACAGACGGAUCAAAUCAUGCCACGAAGAAGCAGAACAACAACAACUAACCAUCAAAGAAAGCCAAGCAAAAGUCGAAUCAGAGACAAAGGCAAUCAGCAAGGUGGUUGCUAAAAAGAUAGAAGAUCUCACAAGUAAGAAUCAGCAUGCAAUCAGCAAUAUGGAUAAUGUUGACGCCAAUAUCAAACGAAUCAAACAAGAUGACAAAACAUUAGUGAAUGAAGCUCCCCAAGUACUCGCAUCCCUAGAUGACUAUAUAAGUUCUAUUGUUCAUCAAGAUGUUAGCGACUGUCUUGACCGAAUACAGCGUGAAGUUCAGAGAGUGAAGUUUGUCGAGGGUAAAGUAGGUGGGGAACACUACGAGAGAAUUGAUGGCUUUAUCGGUAAAUGGGAGCUUGUCAAGUCCAUCCGCAUUCCAUCGAUUGUUAUUGAACCUGGGGUGUCUGGUUUGAUCAGUGAUGAUGAGGUAUGUGUACGAGACGUAGAUAACAAUGCCACGUAUGUUACAAAUAUCAGAACUGAACAAACACAGAAAGUCAUUGAAGGGAGUAGUGACGUGUGUAUUACAUGCGCGCCCAUAGACAACAACGUAAUAGUAUGUGGUAACCGAAGACGAGGCUACACUGGUGGCAGCUUCGAUGGAGAUAUCACUCUCUAUGACAGACAAUGGAAGGUGAUUAGAGACAUCAGCAUACCGAGGCAUAGCAGCCCCCCUUAUAAAUAUAUUGAAGUGCACGUUGAUGUUGACAGGGAUGGGAUGAUCCUCGCUGCUCAGCGCCAUGAGUCGAAUAUCUACGUCAUCAACCCUGAUGAUGGUAAUAUAGUAAAAACUAUUACGAUGCAGGGCAAGAAUGUGUGGGGUGACAUACAAGCCUUGUCAUCAUCAGGUGAUAUCGUUGUGAAGACAGGGCAGGAUGUAUUCACUGUCAUCUCACAGUCAGGCGAAGAGAAGGUUAUCAUACACCGUGAGUGGUUCUUGCCAUGGUGUCGCGUUGAUAAACUGACCGACACACUCUACAUCACACACUGGGAUACGGAGCGUAAUAUCUGCGCAGUUGAUCAGGUGUCAUAUGAUGGUAUUGCACAGGCAUGGAAACAUUUGGAAUACGAGAAAUCAGACGGAUACUCCCCCACUAAGCCAUGCCUCGUUACUCCUUCUGGUAACCUUGUAGCUUGUGAAGGAGAACAGCUUUUUGUGUACAAAAAGAGAUUUAUUGUUUGA